UGCUACCAACUUCAGAAAAGUUUUCCCGCAGAAGGAAUUUGUGAAUUUGUUUUUAGUGAAUUCUAACAGGAAAAUGGAUCCCUUCUGCAAUUCCUGCUUCAUUGCUUACAGGGAACUCGAGUGUGAUCUCUUCUGCACUCAAUGCCACCAUGUGGUAUGCAAGAACUGUAUUUUGAGGAAUGAGGAGAGAUGCUCAGUCUGCAAUGCCAAUUGUCGUCUAAUAAAAGUGUCAAAGGAUAUGCCGGAGAACAUAAAGAAAUUCUUCAGUGAUCCCCUGCCAGAGAUAGAGACGCUGAGGAAGAUUGUGAGGUUCCAGGAGGAGCAGCGAUCAUUCAGGACGGGUAACACAAAACAGAUCUAUUUGGAGUACUUUUCUCUCCAAGGUUGCAUUAAGGAGCACAAAAAGGAAUUUGAUACACUGCGAAAAGAACUUUUUCGAUGUCAAGCUCUGCAAAAGCAACGCGCUGGAGGAUCAAAAGCCAGCUUUACAGAGUAUCGAACUCCAGAAUCUUCCACAUCUGGUGGGCAUUCUAGUUCACCAUUUUCAAACGAUUCGACAUUUGAGAGGAAGUCAAUGAACUCCUCAGAUGUGUCCUUCUGGAACAGUACGCCUCAGAGCACUUCCUCGAAAGGGAGUCAUUCAUUUCGCUACGGGAUGUCAAGGAUGACAGUGGGAGCAGGAGACAAGCCCAAGAGAAUGUCCAGAGAUAAUUAGAAUCAGAACUUUCAGAGGCGAUCAAGAAGAAGAAGUAAUUGGAAGAUGGAGAUAAAAUACGAAUUUAUUGAUGAAAUUUUCUGUGAAUUGUGAAUACAAUGAAGACAAUGGAGGUUUAAAAUAAAUGAAGUAACAGGAUUAGA